AUGCAAGAAGCGCUGAAACAGGCGCUGAAAACUCCUCUCCAUCCACUCCCACUCUCAACCCCCUCUCUCCUCAUGUUCAACUCAAGUUCAAACACCAACAUCGCGCUUUAUUGGGGCCAGGACCAGGCUGGAACCCAACUGCCUCUGUCCACCUACUGUCAGUCCAACUCUGCCGACAUUUACGUGGUUUCUUUCCUCGACUCGUUUUCUGGCAAACAAACCAACGGAACGGGAGAGAUGGCGGUGAGCUAUGAAGGACCCAUGACAAGUCUGGGAGGCGAAAUUUCAAUCUGUCAGUCGCUGGGACGAAAAGUUCUCAUUUCACUGGGAGGAGAAUCAGGACAGUAUGGCCUGGACUCUGGCGCCGAUGGAGAAACACUGGCUGGACAGCUGUGGGACACAUUUGGGGGCGGAAAGAACGCGUCAGUACAACGACCAUUUGGAAACGUGAUUAUUGACGGCUUCGAUCUCGAUAUCGAACACGGAGAUCCCGUGGGGUAUGGAGAUCUCGUCAACAGAUUGAGAGUGCUGUAUGCCACCGACACUUCCAAGAUGUACUAUGUGUCUGCGGCUCCUCAAUGUCCUUUUCCCGACGAAUGGAUUACUCAAGCCCUGGAGCAGUCAGAAGUUGAUUUCGCCUUUGUGCAGUUCUACAACAACGACUGCGGUCUUGACGAGCCCAAAAACUUCAAUUUUGACCAAUGGGCAGACUUUGCACAGACUAGGGCAGCCAAUAAACACAUGAAGGUGUUUCUGGGCGUGCCCGCAAGUCGUAAAUCUGCAGACACGGGCUACGUCGGAGUCCCUGUGCUCACACGGUACAUUCAGAAGCUACUGAACCACACUUCUUUUGGAGGAGUCAUGAUGUGGGACGCUUCUUCGGCCUUUGGCAAUAGGGACCAUGGCAAGUCGUAUGUGGAGUAUGCUAAGGGUGCUCUCAAUGGAGUUGUUUCCAAUGGCGCUGGAACGAAUUUUGUUUCGGGGGUGGUUUUCGAGGUGGUUUUCGCGGUUGUUGUGGUCUGGAUAUUGUAG